UCUGAUGGAUAAUCCAUACAACGACAACGUAAAAGUUCAGAUGCUGCCUUCAGCUUUGUCUAAAGUACGGCCACGUGAAGGCUCCGUUCGUAAGACACUAGAAUGCCAUGCGAUCACUCGCUACAGUCUCAGUGUCAACGCCAAGCGCCAUCAGACAAAAUUCUCCAUGUCACACACAAACAUUACGCGGCGAUUCAGCAUUGACUGGCCUCGACACGUAGAGUGGACACCCGUCUUCUCGCCACUAUCUUUACCGUCCAUGCACGAUACAUAAUCCAAUAUUCAUCCUCAAUCUCUGCAUCAAGUGAGAUUUUAAAAUAUGGCUGCCAAAUCAAAGCUUUCUUUCGUUAUUUUAAUCCUGUCUGUUGUGGUUCUGUAUGCUGGCUUAGCCGUUGCUAAGCAAGACCCUGAGCUAAAACAAUGCAGGCACCAAUGUAGAGUCCAGCAACAAUACGAUGAGGAACAGAAGGAAGAGUGUGCGAGAAAAUGUGAAGAUUAUCAUAGAGAGAAAAUAGAGCGGGAGAGUGAAGAAGGAGGUGGCCACGGGCCUGAUCCUGGCCAGACAUUGAGGGAGUGUCAGAGUCAGUGCGUGAGACUAGAAGGAGAGGAGAGGCAGCUGUGUAUCCUACGUUGCCAGGAGAAAUGGAGGAGAGAACAGGAGAGACGGGAAGGGAAGGAAGACAAAAAAGAGAAAGAGGAAGAGCAAGAAAAGCACAAUCCUUACGUAUUUAAAGAUGAACAUUUCUCUACUGAAGUCAAGACAGAGCAAGGAAUAGUUUAUCUUCUAACCAAAUUCACACACAAGUAAAAUGUUCUUCAUGGCAUUGAGAAUUAUCGAGUGGCCCGCCUCGUUGCCAAUCCAAACGCGUUUGUAGUCCCAAAUCAUUUCGAUGCUGACGCUGUCUAUGUUGUUACUGAAGGACGUGGAACAAUCACAUUGAUCCAUGGAGAUAAGAGAGAGAGCUUCAACAUUGAACGUGGGGAUAUCAUCAGGGUUCGUGCUGGCACUCCCAUUUAUUUGAUUAACAGAGAUGCCAGCGAACUCUAUGUCGUCAAGUUCUUCCAACCCGUCAAUCUUCCAGGCCAUUACGAGGUAUUUUUUGGUGCUGCUAGUAAAAAACCAGAAUCAUUCUACACUACAUUUAGCGCCGAGAUUCUUGAAGCUGUCCUUAAGACUUCAAGAGACAAGUUGGAGAACUUGUUUGAGAACCAGGUAAAGACCCUUCCUUAUGGCUCCAAAGAACAAAUCAAGGCCAUGAGUAGCCACAAGGAAGGUGGCAGUGGCGGUGGUAUCUGGCCCUUUGAAGGUGAUUCAUGUUGGGAAUACCUGAUAAGUAGUAUUAGAAUUGUGAUAAUUCCUAUCAAGCGCUAUCAAAGCAUGGAAGGUGAUGUCUUUAUAGGGUUAAAUCUGAGAAAAAGAUGCAAGAGAGUUGUACAGGAGAUUGAGAGAGUCCACAUAUGUAUAGUGCAUGAGAAUGGACUAAAAAAGAUUGAGAUAGUUCACAUAGUGGGUGCCUUCAAUCUCCUCGUAAAGCACCGCCCUUCUCAGUCUAACAAAUAUGGUCAGCUCUUUGAAGUUGAUGCAGAUGAUUUCAAACCCGUCAAAGAUCUCGACCUCAGGGUCUCCUACGCCGACAUCACCAAAGGAUGUAUGUCCGCCCUAUGCUACAACUCAAGGGCAACAAAGAUAGCCAUUGAUGUGGAAGGCGAAGGAUACUUCGAUAUGGCAUGUCCUUAUGUCUCCUCUAAGUCCAGUGAUCAACAAAGCCAGAAUUCAAGAAGCUCUGGACGAAAAAAGAGUGGCCCUAGUUACCAGAAGUUAAGCUCGCGUCUGAGGCCCGAUGCCGUGUUCGUUGUUCCUGCAGGGCAUCCUUUCGUCACAGUUGCUUCUAUAAAUAAGGAUCUAGAGAUUCUAUGUUUUGAGGUCAAUAUACAAAACAAUAUUAGGUACCCUCUUGCAGGGAAGGGCAAUAUUGUGCAGCAAUUCGAGAAGGAAGCCAACGAGUUGGCAUUUAAGACCGAGGAAGAAGAGGUAGAUAAGAUCUUUAGUAACCAAGACGAGGAGGCCUUUUUCACUGGACCAAGACAACAUAGAGGCCGAGCUUAUGAAUGAGACGACGAAAAAGCAGGGGAAUUGAAGACGUACAGAUGGAAAACGGGUUUCAGCUUCCAUGUUGUGUUAAGAUCAGGAGCUCCAAGUCUGAGCUACAAAGGCAAGUGGUUUGUUUUAUAAUUUUGUAGUUACGAGUGUUAUGAGAUGCAAGUAGAUGUUCGUAGGUUUCGAGAUAAAUGAAACAAUCUAAUUCUAUAUCUAAAUUAUC